AUGCUAAUAAACCCAGAGGAUCACAAAAUCACCUUAGCGGUACGAUUCAAAUUUAAGGCGUCCAAUAAUGAAGCAGAGUACGAGGUGCUGGUCGCAGGGUUACAGUUAGCGAGUCAUUUAAAGAUUGAGAGACUCAAAAUUUUUAGUGACUCUCAACUAGUGGUCGGGCAGGUGAAGGAGGAAUAUCAGGCACGGGGAGAAAGAAUGGGGGCCUAUCUGAGGAAGGUAAAGGAAGAGCUUGCAAAGUUCAAAAGCUAUGAGAUACAACAAGUGCCAAGAGCCGAGAAUACAAAUGCCGAUGCCUUGGCCAAACUAGCAUCCUUGAAGGAUUUAGACCUAGUAAGGGUCGUUCCCAUCGAAGAAUUGGAACGGCCGACCAUUGACGAAGCGGUAGAAGUCCUGACUAUUCAGGCAGCUGGAAAUUGGAUGACACCCCUCGUCCGGUACUUGACGAAUGCAGAGCUGCCCAAUGACAGAGACGAAGCCAGAAGGAUCAGGCAAGAGUACUAUUGGCCUACGCUUAAAAAAGACGCGUUUCAAUACGCUCGGUGUUGCGAUAAGUGCCAACGAUAUGCCACAAUUCCUAGAGCACCUCCAGAGAACCUAACUUCUAUUCUUAGCCCAUGGCCUUUUACAAAAUGGGGGAUUGACCUGAUCGGACCUCUACACCUUGCACUCAUAAGCCUUAAGUUCGCUAUCGUCAUUGUGGACUACUACACUAAGUGGGCCGAGGCGAAAGCUCUUACUUCGACUACCGAGGCAGCUUGCACCAGCUUCAUAUGGAACAACAUUGUAUUGGAGGCCAUCAACAAAAUCCUAAAGUAUACCCUGAAGAAGAAGCUCGACAGCCUAAAGGGAAAAUGGGCCGAAGAACUUCUAAAUGUCUUGUGGGCAUACAGAACGACGAGUCGAACCACCACGGACGAAACAUCAUUAUCUAUGGCAUACGGAGUCAAGACUGUACUUAUUGUGGAGAUUGAGAUGCCGACUCUAAGAACGGUCAUGAACAACGAUGACAUAAACAUAGAGGCCAUGAACGGAGAACUCGACCUAUUGGAAGAAAAAAGGCUCGACUCCCAAUUACGACUCGCCGCUUACCAAAGGAGGACAUCCCGAUACUUCGAUAAGAAGGUCAAGCGAAGAAGGUUUGUCCCAGAAAAUCUGACGUAG